AUGCUGGAACGGCGGCUUGGGACCUUAAAGAUUGGAACUUGCGGGGGUGGGGGGUGUUGGUGGCGGGUGGAUGGAGGAGGCUGUGAGGAGGGUGAAGGAGGAAUGACAGAUGAAGUGGAAGGGAAAAGGCGAGGCUCGGGUUGGGGGGAAGGAGGAUUUAACGGGAGUGGGUCGUCGGGGGGGGUGGGAUUUGAAGGGAGUGGGUCGUCGGGGGAAGGGGAUUUAACGGGAGUGGGUCGUUGGGGAGGGGGGGUGGGAUUUGACGGGAGUGGGUCGUCGGGGAAGGGGGAUUUGACAGGAAUGGUUCGUUGGGGGUGGGAGGGAGGAGGAGGUUGCUACGCUGGGUUUCUGGGGGGAUUAAUGGGGAGGUGGGUUUGGGAUUAA